AUGGCGAUUCCACUUUUCGUUCCUACGCAGUAUUCCCUACUCUGGCUACUGAAAAAACACGUUGCCCGAUGGUGUAUGAAAACAGGUGACGAGUCCAAUAUGGCCGAAUACUGUCAGUGUGCACUUGAACGAGUUCUGCGAGUUGGAUGUCGAGAAGCUGGGCCCAGUCGACUUGAGACCACUUCCCUUCUCACCAGAGAUCCCACCAGCACGAAAUUCCCGCAUUCGAUCUCGGUUCGACUGCCCAAUGGACAGUAUCAGUCAACGUGGUAUUAUCAGGUGGUCGAGUUUGACGGAUCAACGGAAAUCGGGCAGUGUCUCUCCUCUCUGUGCCUGAAACUCGGAAUACGGCCUGCUUUACUAUCCGGCUAUGCUCUCUACAUCGAUGAUCCAACUACAAAAGGGCUACAACUUCUCAAAGGAAAGCAAAAGCUAUGCGAUUGCCUCUACGAAUGGGAGGUUCGAAUGAGAGAUGUGUUACGUGGGCGAGUCCCAACCGAGUGUACAGCCACACUUUCCUUGCGAAUGAGGCACUACUGGAGGCAUUUGACUUGUAAUGAGACCCCUAUGGAGCGAUCUUUCCUUGUGUGGCGGAUGGCCGAAGAGCUGGUAGACAGUCGUAUUCCAACAAGCCCCCAGUUGGCUGAACAACUAGCUGCGCUCUAUGCACAGCUCUCCUUCGGAGACGCUCCACCGCAAGCGAUUUCGGACGAGCAGUUCGUUUUCAUCACUAAGCAGUUCUUCCCUGCAAAAAUGCUGGACGUGGCCUGUUUGAAAUCGCUGAGAUCGUCUUUGCAUUCAUGUUGGAGCGAACUCAAUGGAAUGGGCGAAUCGGACGCAAUAAAAGUCAUCUUACAGGUGAAUCAGUCCCCCCCCCUUGUUAUUGUUUCCGUAUUGUUAUUCUUCACCUCUGAGUCUAAAAAUAGUCCUCUGAGGCCACUUGUCGUAAUUCUGUACUCGAAAAGGCCAGUUUGUUGCGAUGCCAUUCUGCAAGCGGCUGGAAUGAGAACCAGCAAUGAACGGAAGGUAUUCCUCGCCUUAUCCGACACAGCCGUCCAUAUCGUCGAUCAUCGGCAUUUCGACGUGAUUCGCUCGUUCCCGUACAAUCGUCUCGCAUCGUUUGGUGGUUUUCAUAGCGACUUCAUGCUGACCGCUGAACGAAUGCUCCUGCCCGAAUCUCAUCCAGAAGAAACAAGUAGGGAACGAAUAACGUUUAGUAUGGAGAAACACGAAGUCGAACAGGUGAGCAGCUGCCAUGAUAACUCUAAAUCUUUUUUUUCUAGUCAUCUGUGA